AGACUAUGAAAAUGGAAUGUUUGACAGUAGCCAAUCAUAAAUUCAGUGAUUCGAAUGUUAAAAUUCAUCGCUCACCGAAAACCAUAUAAAAGCACCUUUAUGUUUUUAAUUAUUGUAUCAUUUUGCGGUUAUAUACUUAUCCUUAAUUAUCUAUUUUUUAUAAUUUUUGUUUAUUUUUUUCACAUAUUUGGGCACACAUAUGCAUUUUUACAUACACUUUAUAAAAGGCAAAAAUGUCACUCAACAUGAAAGGAUCCGCACACAAUGCAGAGAAGUAUGAAGAAGAUUAUUUUACAGUUGGGAGAAAUACUACAAAAAUAUCUAGCACAUUGUCUGAUGUUACGAAAUUUAAAUCUUACAAGCUAAAUUGGACCAUUGAAAACUAUAAAAGUCUUUUAAAUAAACCUCUGCAAACAAUUAUAUCGCCAGUUUUUCCUGGAAGUUUUGAAUUUGCCCAAAGACAGUGGUAUAUUUUAAUUAUAUGUCUGGAAGAAUUGGGUGAAAAAAAAUAUAAAUUAUUUUUAGAUGGAUUUGGUGGUUUCUCAAAACUUGUAAAUAUCAGUAUUACCAUCUUUCAUUCUUCUUUUAAAGUGAAAAAGUUUACGACCACCUUUUCUUGGUUUAAUAACGUAAAGAAUUUUGAUAUAAAAAGAUCUGAAUUGACUCGAAUUAACUCGAAGUCUGCUAACAUUACAAUCGUUUGUAAAAUUUCAUUUUAUAAAGCUCCAACUGAAUUGGAAUUGCCAUUUAAUAGUUGUCAACAAUCUAGAGAUCUUUUAAAACAAAUUGAAAAUUCCAUUCAUGAUGAAUCACUUAAGGAUAUUACGUUUAAAGUGGAUGAUAAGAAGUUUACCGCUCACAUGUUAAUUCUCUCUUUGCAAAGUCCUGUUUUUGAAGCGAUGUUUAAAAAUAACAUGUCUGAAAAACGUACAUCGAUUGUUGAAGUUGAAGACAUUAGUGCAACGAUUUUUGAAAAAAUGCUUCAAUUUCUUUACAACAACGAAGUGAAUGACUUGAAAACAUCAGCAGAGGAAUUAUUUUACGCCGCGGAGAAAUACGACUUGAAAAACCUUAAAAUAAUGUGUUGUAAAAGUUUAUAUGAAAAUUUAUCUUGUAUAAAUGUUUUAAAAACUCUUCAAUUUGCGGAUAUUUAUUCCAUUUUUGAAUUAAAGGAAGCGUGCAUGAAAUUUUUGAUAUUGAAUUUAGGAACCAUAAGAGAAAGCAAAGAAUUUUCCGAAUUUGUAAAAGAUAGUCCACAAAUAACUACAGAAAUUUUUAUGAUGUUGGAGUUAGAGAAUAAUGAGAAAUAAUAGAGGAAACUAUUUUUUGUUCCCUUAUUUAUUAUGUGAAAAAAAGUAUUUUUUAAAAAAUUGUAUUAAAUAACACUACUUUAAAAGUUUUUUACCAAAAAUUAUUUUUAGCUUAAGUAUGUUAAGAUAAAACGAAUAUAUCAAAUUGUAAAUAAUAAAAUUAUUUGAAAAAAAUUUAUUACUCCUGAA